AUGUGGUUAGCUAGUCAGGACCGACUGAAAACUAAAUCAAGACUGCUUAAGGUGGGAAUUGGUUUGGAUAGCAACUGUGCUAUUUGUGAUACCUCUGAAGAAACAGUUAGCCACUUGUUCUUUGACUGUAAUUAUAGCAAAGAAUGCAGAAACUUGAUUUUGCUAUGGCUAGGGCUGCCUUGCUACAAUGGUGAUCUAAACAAGCUCCUAAAGUGGGCUAGGAAGCAAGGGUCCAGUAAGUUUACCAGGCAGACCAUUUACACUGCAUGUGCUGGGCUAGUGUACCACGUGUGGAAAGCAAGAAACACUGCAGUUUGGGAAGCUAGUGUUCCUUCAGUACAACACACUGUUGAGAGGAUUCAGAAGGACACUAAAGGCAGAAUUCAGCAAUUGUUAGGGAAGAAAGUUAGAAACUCUGAGUUGAAUUGGUUUCAUUCUUUGUGA